GUGAGCAGAGUUGAGUUGCAGGAAGUUAUUUUGAGGGGCUUGCCUGUCACAGCUGUUGUCUCAGUCACCAGAGUCCUGUUGGACCCUCUUCGCGUUUCUCUUUCUAUCCCCUGGACCUGCCACAUCUGUGAGAAUGGAGAUCAACGUCCAGUCUGUUGCAGAGGUCAUCCCAGCCCAGACCAGUGUGACUCCACCACCGUCCCCAGUCACCGCAGAGACCCCGGUCCCUCUACCCCAGGAGGGCCAGCACAUGGACCCCAUGGAGGAGUUUGGUCUUCGGUUGGACGAAAUCAUCAACACCUAUGGCUCCGCAGCCAGCCUGAUAGAGAAACAGUGCAUCAUCCUGGAAACGGAGAAGGUGGAAGAGGAGGCAAGCGGAGAGGAAGCUGAUGAAGUAACAGCCGCCAAGAACGCCAGCACGGGCAAGGAUGCAAAGAAGUUGCUGAAAGGCUUAGGAAAGGAGGGCACGCUUCUAAUGCAAAGUUUGAACAAGCUGUGCACGCCAGAAGAGAAACUGGAUGCUCUACUCAAGAAGUAUGCCGAACUGCUGGAGGAGCGUCGAGGGGAGCAGAAGCAGCUGAGGUUCCUUCAGAAGAAGCAGGGCCAUGUGGGGAAGGAGAGGGACCAGCUCCAGUACGAGCACAGCAGAGCCAUCCUGGCCCGCAGCAAACUGGAGGGCCUCUGCAGGGAACUCCAGAGGCACAACAAGACCCUCAAGGAGGAGACCCUUGCACGUUGUCGUGAGGACGAGGAGAAGCGCAGAGAGAUCACCACUCACUUCCAGAGCACGCUGACAGACAUCCAGGCUCAGAUUGAACAGCACAGUAACCGCAACAACAAGCUGUGUUCGGAGAACACCAACCUGGCAGACAAACUCAAACACAUCAUCAGCCAGUAUGAGCAGAGAGAGGAGAGCUUGGAGAAGAUCUUCAAGCACCACGACCUGCAGCAGAAGCUGUCUGAUACCAAACUGGAGCAAGCUAAUGCACAGCUGCAGGAGGCCGAGGAGAAGCACAAGAGAGAAAAGGAAUACCUGCUUAGGGAGGCAAUUGACAAAACAAAGAAAUGCUACACAUUGAAGGAGCAAGAGUUGCAGUUGAAGAAAAAGCUUGCUCUGUACUCCCAGAAGUUUGAAGAGUUCCAGACUACGUUGUCUAAGAGCAACGAUGUGUACGCCAGCUUCAAAAAUGAAAUGGAGAAGAUGACAAAGAAGAUGAAAAAACUAGAUAAAGAGUCGAAUGUUUGGAAGACCAGAUUUGAGAGCACUAACAAGGCUCUCUCGGAGAUGAUUGAAGAGAGGACUGUGAAGGAGAAUGAGUAUGAGAUGUUCGUUGUGAAGAUUGACAAGCUGGAGAGGCUCUGCCGAGCACUCCAGGAUGAGAGGAAGAUCCUGUAUUCCAAGAUCAAAGGCAUUCGCCAAACGGCUGACGCCACCGAGGGGACACCCAAGGACGAGACACAGGAGGUGGCCACUGAACCAGUCCACAGCCUCAUGGACAUAGUUGAGGAGCCAGAGAUGACAGAGGAGAUGGCCCGUCUGAGGGCUGAGCAGAACAGGCUGGCGGAGUUCGCAGCCUCCCUACUGGCCCCGUCCACAGGAGACGAUGCUGACGAUGACUCUGAUAGUGAGGAAGAGCCAGAGUCUACAGAAUCUGCUGAGGCCCAGAAGAUCCCUGAACCAACAAAGGCCCCAGUACAGGUAGUGGUAGAGGCACCAGCACAUGCAGAGGAACCAGAACCAGCAUAUGCAGAUGCACCAGCGCAGGCUCCAGCACAGGUAGAGGCACCAGCGCAGGCUCCAGCACAGGUAGAGGCACCAGCGCGGGCUCCAGCACAGGUAGAGGCACCCGCGCAGGCUCCAGCACAGGUAGAGGCACUAGCGCAGGCUCCAGCACAGGUUGAUGCACCAGCACAUGCUCCAGCACAGGCUCCAGCCCAUGCUCCAGCACAAGUAGAGGAUCCAGCACAGGCUCCAGCACAGGUAGAUGCACCAGCACAGGCUCCAGCACAGCCAGAGGCACAAGUAGAGGUACCAGCACAGGUAGAUGCACCAGCACAGGCUCCAGCACAGGCAGAGGCACAAGUAGAGGUACCAGCACAGGUAGAUGCACCAGCACAGGCUCCAGCACAGGCUCCAGCACAAGUAGAGGUACCAGCACAGGCUCCAGCACAAGUAGAGGUACCAGCAGAGGCUCCAGCACAAGUAGAGGUACCAGCACAGGUGGAGGCACCAGCACAGGCAGAGAUGGCUGCCCCAGUCCAGCCAGAGACCCCAAAACACCCAGAGCCCUCUGCCAAGAAGCAGACGCCAAAAAAAAAGAAUGCAAAGAAGACUAGCUGAACUGACGAAUGUGUCAUUUUGUGAGUGUUAGUACUGUAGUCCCUGUGCCUCGUGUUAUGGUUGAGUUGAGAUAUCCAAUCCAGCUUGGUUUGUCUAUAUACUGUUUUAUCUGAAGUGGCGUGCAGUAGAAGUAUGUUUAAGUCGUAUACCAGAUGAGGACAGACAGAGAUUUACUGCAUAACCAAAGAAUAGGUAGAAAGGUUAUUCAGGACAUUGCACCCUCAAAACUUUGCAAUGCCAAAUGUUACCUUGUGCAAACAACAUCAGAACAGCCACUAUCUUUUUUGACUUUUUCCAUCUGAACCCCUAUAAUGUAACUUCAAUAAAUAUCUAAUUGAAGACUA